UCUCGUCUCAUUGUGCGGUGGCAGCAGCCAACGUACACACACUGGGGCUCCAGGCAGCGGCGUCCCUCUCGCUCCAGCCGCGCUGCCGCCUCUGAGAGGGGUGUCGCCGCAUCCCGCGGGUGUAGCAGGGGAAGGGCCAUGAACCUGGGAGAUGGAUUAAAGCUUGAAACUGAAAUUUUGGAUGGAAAACCUCGGCUAAUUUUGGCUUCAUAUGGUAAAUCAAAAUCCACAGUCAAGAUGGGUAAUAAAGCUAAAGUCCUCAAACAUCCAUUGAGAACAAAACAGUCUGGACAUGUUCUGAAAUCAACACAAAAUUCCUGUGUCAAGCAUGAACAUAUUUUAGCAAAACCCAGAAGUGGAUCAAGAUGGGCAGCAAUAAAAGGUGAAAAAAACUGUGUGACUUUGUCAUCAUCUAAAGAUUCAUCAAAGGAAUCCUUAAAUAAAAACCAUGCUUUGAUUAUCCAAAAAGACAACACAACUGGAAUGUCGGAUUUAAAGAACCCUAAUAAAAUUGCUGUUAAAAAGCCCAGACAGAAGUCUCAAAAACCUCAUAUCUCAGGUGAAGAUCUAAGGAACAAUUUGGUGUGUUUAACUCAAGAGCAACUUGAACAGAUUCUGAUGACUGUAAAACAAGGAACCAAAAUUGAGUCCCAGGCCCAGGCCCAGGAGGAAAAGCAAGAAGAAACAAGCCAAAACAAAAACUCCGAUAGUAGCACUGCUGCUAAUCAGGCCCCACAAGAGGAGAACAUUAUAGGAUUACUCCAAAAAGCUGAUGAAAAUUCAUCUGUUCCAAAUGAAAAUAAUUAUGCCUCAAGCAGAAAACAAGCAGCAUCUGAGCAGACUGAACAGAAAGUUAUUAAGAAUUCAUGGAAACCAGCUGACAUGUUUAGUACCCUAGGUGAAAGAGAAGAGGAUAAAAUUUUGUUAGAUGCAAAGAAGUCCCAGUGGAAGAAGGAGCUGGAUGAACAGAUAGCUUUAAAGAAGAAAUUAAAAGAAAGUUUGGAGCGACAGAUGAAGUACUACCAUUGGGAGAAAACGGAUGGUGAUGGUGAUAAAACCCAUUUGGAAAAACUGAAGCCAGUUAAUCAAGCUAACAUGACAUUUCCAGCUGAUUUGAGCAUUGCUACUGAGGAAAACCACAUUUUUAGAACCACUUUGGUCACAGAGGCUAGUGAAGUUGCACCCAGUGUUUCGAGUGGACCAACUGCUCAGUCGUCUAGUUUCAGUUCUCCUGACUUGCCAGCUGCCAUUCGUACAGCAUUUGUGUUAGGGGAAGCUACACCAGUGGAGCACCCCUUUAGUGCCAUGAAACGAGAACAACAGAAGAUGUGGCUUCUAGAUCUGGACAAACAAAAGGAAGAGGCUAAACUACGAAAAAUAGAGGAAAAACGUAAUUUAUCAAAGGCUGAGGAGCAUGAGAGAUGGGCAGUGCAUUUUGAUUCUUUAAAGAACUACCCUCGUGCUAAUCCACAACACCCCAUAAAUGGAACAUACACCACUCAGCCUGAAAUUCUUUGCCUGUCCCCCGAAUGUCAGGCCCUGACUGCUGCUGUUCAUCCUUUUACACCUGCAGCUUUAGGCCAUCUCAUACAUUCAAAGGUGGAGAAUGUAGAAAAAACUGUUGAGAACACUACUUUGGAACAAAGUCAAAAAGCCAGUUUUCUCCGGUCAAUGACAGCUCUCUUGGAUCCUGCACAAAUUGAGGAAAGAGACAGGAGGCGGCAGAAACAGUUAGAACAUCAGAAAGCUAUAAUGGCUCAAGUAGAGGAAAAGCGAAGAAAGAAGCAGCUGGAGGAAGAGCAAAGAAAAUGGGAAGAACAAGAAGAAGAACACCGCUUAGCACGAGAACGAGAACUGAUGCAAAAACAGUUUGAAGAAGAUAUGCUCAAACAAAAACAAAAGGAAGAAAUCAUGACUCUUAAAACAAAUGAGCUCUAUCAGACAAUGCAGAGAGCACAAGAACAGGCUCAGAGAUUAAAACAGGAACAACGUAUUCGAGAGUUGGCUCAAAAAGGACAUGACAUUUCAAAACUGCAGAAGAAUCUUGAGGGUAGUGGUGGUGGUGGCGGCGAUGAUAAAAUAUGUGAGAGUUAUCAUACUGGCCUUUCAAAUGUAAGUCAUGAUCAUUGUUCUGAUGAAGUGAGCAGUAAGAUGCAUCAAGAUGUAAAAACCUCUCCUCGGAAAGAUACUGCUGUGCAGACAGAUGACUUCGACACCAGAGCAUACAUCCGAAGUGAAACAUAUACUGAGCCAGUUGUAGAAAGCAGAACUGUGGACUGUACAUCUCCAGAUAUUUCCAUAGAAUAUAAAGAGAAAUUUAACAUCAAAAAAUGCAAGAAAGAAAUGCAGUAUCCAGAUAAAAAUAAAAUUUUCGAAAAAGAGAAUAACGACAAUUACACUGAUUUGUAUAACCAAUUUGCAAGAAAAGAGAAACAAACAAAACCUAUGGAAAAAUAUGGAAAGAGACCCGACUGGAACAUAAACAAACCUGGGAAAAGGUAUAUUCCAGCAUCAGAAAGAUACCCUAGACGACUACAAAAGCAAAGGGAGGAAAAGAAAGUAAGACGACAGAUAGAGCUGCUUCAGUUGGUAGAAAGAAAUACUCGUGGCAAACUCUGCCAAAAGAAAGAAGUCUCUCCAGAAAGGUCUCCUUCACCUCACCAGGAAACUAAUACAAAGAGUAAGGGACAUGCAGUCACAAAGGAAGAACAAUCUCAGAAGAGUCAUUUGAAUGAAGAAAGAUCUGAAUCACCACCUGUUCCAGCAGUUAAAAACAGAUUAUACCAAGUACAACAAAGGCAGAUAAAUACUUCUAAUUUCCCAGUUCAGAAUGGCAAUAUUGGAAGAGAGAGAAAUACCAACACAAAUAUGCAACAGAGGAAAUCGUCUUCUCCAGUUAUUGAACCUGAACGGCCACCUUCUUCUCAUUUUAUUCCCUAUGUGCGAACAAAUGAAAUUUAUUACCUUGAUCCAGAUGCACCAAUGACUAGACCUUCAACACAUGAUCCACAGUAUCGACAGUUUAAUGAUUCUUGCCAUACACCACGGCAGAUUUUUAGUUCUGAUCAUGUGAGAGAUCCACUUCUUAAUCCUAAUGUGGUGAAAAACAGAGACCGACAACAGGCAAUCCUCAAAGGACUAUCAGAAUUACGCCAGGGUCUCCUCCAGAAGCAGAAGGAGUUGGAGACUGGUCUAAUUCCAACCAUGAAUCAAGAAGAAAACUUUAUUUCACCAUUUUAAAAAAGACCUGAAGAUGAGCUCUAUGAAGCUAGAAAGCUUGUCGUCUCUUCUAUCAACUGAAGCUGGUCUAGUAGAACAUAUUACCUCACCCACAUGUCUCUUAUAUCCUGGGAUGCACACAGCUACACCACCAUUGCCAACAGAUUCUAGAUGGUCAGAACUACUUACAUAAGUGUUAUUUACAACUAGGACCAAAAUUCCUUUUUCUGCUCAGGGAGCUCCAAUAACCUACAAGCUGGGUGAUACCUGAUGAGAAUUUAUCUGGGAAACUUAACUAGAAGAUCCUUGGACUGGAACUCUCAGGAUCCUACAAUCACAAGCUGUACUGAAAGGAAACUCCAACUUUCGUACAAUAAUGGUGUAAGGAAGUAUGUAUUGGCUGCUUACAGGCUGCUCAGAUUCUCCGUAGGCCCAGGUGCUCAUAUUUUGGGAGGGAAUUCUAGGGUGAGAUUUUCGAGAGCUUAGUACUGACCUAACUGCCCCACUGAAAAUCAAUGGCAGUUUUUCCCACGCUGACUUCAAGGGGGGCAGAGUCACGUCAACGCUGAACCAUUUUGAAAAAUGGCAUGCUUAAUCCCAAUACGACACGGAAGUCCAUCCACUAUAUAUGCUUCCUUAAUAUAUAUUUGAAUCCCUCUAGCACAGUGAUUCUUAAACGUUUGUACUGGUGACCUCUUGCACAUGGCAAGCCUUUUAAAUAUACGUAUUUCACAUUAUUAUACAUGCAGGAGGCAAAACAGGAUUUGGGGUGGAGGCUGACAGCUCGCAACCCCCCAUAUAAUAACCUCAUGACUCCCUGAGGGGUCCCAACCCCCAGUUUGAGAACCCAUGCUUUAGCAAUAACUGAAUAGGCAGUGGACUGCCAUUUCCAGGGCUCAGAAUUUAAGACAGAUGAGGAGUCUGAGGGAAGGUCUACCCUUGAAGUGGUGCAGCACUGCUGCUGCAUUUUAGAGAAGAUGCCACUAUGCCAACAGGAGAGCUUCUCCCAUCAGCAUAGUUAAUUCACCUCCAUGAGAGGUGGCAAGUACGUUGACAGGAGAAGUCCUCCCACUGACACAAUGCUGUCUGUACCAGAGUCUGGUCGGUAUAAUUGUGUUGCUAACACCCCUGAUGUAGUUACCCCGAUGUAAAUUUAUAGCAUAUAUCUGGCCUCAGAUCCUGAAUUUCUCACGUAUGGAGAUGCAAAUAAGACUUCAGGGACAUCUUAUUUUCAGUUUGAAUGUGUCCAACUUUAACUUCCAGCCAUUGGCUAGUGUUAUACCUGUCUCUGCUAGACUGAAGAGUCCAUUAUCAAAUAUUUAUUCCCAUGUAGGUACUGUAAACUAUAAUUAAGUCAACCUUUCAUGUUCUGUUUGUUAAAAUAGAUUGAGCUCCUUGAGUCUGUCAUUAUAAGGCAUGGUUUCUAAUCCUUUAAUCAUUCUCAUGGCUCUUCUCUGAACCCUCUUCCAUUUAUGAACCUUCUUAUUGAACUGUGGACACUAGAAUUCGACACAUCUGACUGGGGAGCACAUUAGCCUGCCCACAGAAAACUGACUGCAGGAGUAAACAGGGAGAAGAAAGAUCCAAAAUCCUAAGGCACAAAGGAAGGCAGCAUUUAAGGACUGCACAAUACCCUUCCCAGCUGGAUCUAGGAACUUGGGCUCCCAGCCUCUCCUUACUGUUCUUCCAAAUGUAGCAGGCCUCAUCCCAGCAGGAUCCAAUGCCCUCCCAAGGGGAUGGUAAUAGAGGGUUGACUGCAGUGGAUCUCUCCAUUCUCUGGAGAGAAAAUAAGUGACUAAGCAAGAGGGGCACACAGGGCCCAUUAUAUAAUCAUUACUAUGCCUGCUCCCAUAAAAUACAACCCCUGAUAGUCCACAGAGAAGCCACACCACCAUGAAUCAUCUAAGAGGCUGAAUAAAAAUGUCCGAUUCCUGCAAGAGGUAGAAAGAUGGACUGUUAGUGAUGGCAGGUUCCUAUGUGGGUUGAAAAAGAUACCAAAAGACAUCAGUCUAUAAUGCAACAGGCAGCUACCUGCUUAAGCAAAGGAACAGCAACCAUUAUACUACAUAUUAUUGGAACUCCCCCACAAGAAAGUUGAAAAACUAGGACAGAACAGAUUGAGAUUAGAGGUAUGUCUCAUCUUCAAGGUUCUCUUUAGUUAUUUUUUGAAAGGAAAGGAAUAGGCCUAAUAGCUGACAGCACGUAUCCAAAACAAACAAGUCGGUACAGAAAACUUGACUUUUCAGUAUGGUUCCUGAGAAAAUAUUAAAGCUCCAAGAUGUGGAGAAACAAAUGCCUAAGAACA